AUGGAAACAACCACACAAUCAACAAUUACCAAAUCUUUGGAUGUUAAUCAUUCAAGAAGUAAAACCGUUGAAUUGAGGAGAGACUCCUACUCUCCUCAAAUACUCAAAGAAAGAAGAAAUUCAUUGUUUGGUAAAUUCUUUAGAAAGUCAACAAGUGGAGGAAGUGAUUCAAAUCAUCAAUUUAAAACAGCCCAUAACAACGGAGAUUCCAAUAAUGUUCAAUUCAAACAAACUGACCAUAACAAUAUCUUUAUUAAGAAGAAUCAGAAAUUGAGGAGAAUUCUAUCUAAAGUUCACAAUUUGCUUUUCAAAAAACAAGAUGAAAAACAACUGUUUAAACAACUCAUUACAAACCCUCAAGCUGAUGAUGAUGAAUCACUGAUGGAAGAAACAGGAGGAAGGAAGGAGACAGGACAAUUCGAAACACCAUUUUCCUCUGAUUCAUCUCUCUACAACAAGUCAAUUGUUUAUGACCAAUUACAAUCUCCAACAUCCUAUGCUGCAAGACAACAAGAACUCGAAUCAAGGUAUGAAAAAUUGGGAAGAAUCAAUGAUGAAGUGAUUUCUGUUGCAUUCAAAGCUUCCAAUUCUGCAAAUCAAACUCCAGCAACCACUAAUUUUCCAAACAGCAACAAACAGAUGGGUUGCACAAAUUUCCAAAAGAAACAAAAAAAAUAUUUUACUCCUACCCGAUCACUCUCACUUCCAAGUAUUACACGGUCAUUGGAUAAUAAUAUUAAAGACCACUCAUACAACAACAAGAAUAAUAAUUUGAGUGUUAUUGGAAAGUCCGAAACAUCAUCAAUACAACAAAAAAUCAACAACAUUAAAUCUUCUACUAUCAUGAACAUUCCAAAGAAAAACACUAGUGAAGAUGACUUUUCCAUGGAUGAGUCUAGUCUCUCUGAAGGAGGUAUUCAUGCCAUUACAAAACCACCAAGUAAUAUUAAAAUUAUGAGUGAUGAAGAUGGAGUUAUUAUUAGUUCAUCACCAACAACAAAACCAAGAGUCUCUAACGGACAGAUUCAAGAGGAAAUUUUGGAUCCUAUUUUCGAUUUUUUCAAACAAAAUACUAACUAUGAUUUAAUGCCUUAUUCUGGUAAAGUAAUAGUUUUUGAUAUUGAUCUGCCAGUUAGAGAAGCUUUCCAAGUUGCUGCUAAUAAUGACAUUUCAUUUGCUUCUCUUUGGGAUAGUGAAAAGAGUUGUCUUGUCGGAAUGUUAACUGUUACCGAUUUGAUUGAUAUUUUAUUAUUGUUCCACAAUCAAAUGGAUGUUAUUCAAGACCUUGUAACUCACAAGACAAUUAGAGAAUGGAGAGCAAUGCAAAAACGUACAAGACCUGAUAAGCUUAUUUUUGUAACACCUGAAGAUACUUUACUUACAGCAAUUCAUACUCUUAGCAAGUACUCAAUCCAUCGUUUGCCAGUUUUGUCACCAAAGGGAGCUUUAUUACAUAUUAUUACACAUUCACAUCUUCUUGCCUAUCUAGUUCAAAAUCUCAAAUUUGAAUCUCCAAUUUUCCAAUACAGUUUAGAAGAUUUAGGAAUUGGUACAUAUACCAAUGUUGUUACUGCUAAAAUGGAAAUGCAACUUUUUGCAGCUGUAUGCAUGUUUGCUAAAUAUAAGGUUUCUGCUAUUCCUGUUGUAAAUGAAGAUGGAUGCGUAGUUGAUGUAUUUUCAAGAUAUGAUAUCGUCUACUUUGUUAGAGAUGGUGAUUAUAGACUUGAAAUGACUUUGGGAGAUGCUUUAAGAACUAGACCAAGAAUUCCAGUCUUUACUUGUACAAAAGCUGAAUCAUUUGAAAAAGUAUUACGACACUUGUCAACAACUCGUAUUCACAGAUUGGUAUGUGUUGAUGAAUAUUCAAGAGUUGUCGGCAUUGUUUCAAUUAGUGACAUUUUCUCAUUCUUGAUGAAGAAACAAGAGGAAAUACUCUCUAGAGAAAAAGAUAUUGAAUUAUUACAUGGACCAACUACUAUGGAAGAUGAUUUGUAAAUUUUAAACUAGAAUAAUACCAUGUAAUAAAUAAUUUGUAUCA